AUGAGGAUUCUUUUGGUACUUUUCUUUCUUCAUCAGGCCAUGAGCUUUUCUUCCCCUCAGCCAAGACGACUUAGGAACUUGUUUGCGAAACGAUCUCCCUUGACCUUCAAAGUCACGAAUCCUUGGCUAAGCGCCUUGAGUUUGCAAGACCCUCGACUUGAAGAUGAAGAAGAAAAUAUGUCUUCAGCGAAAAAGACCUUUAUUGAAGCUUUGAAUUCCCUCGGAUAA